GGUAAACACAAUCCCCGGAGCAACCGAAACACAGAGGGUCCCCGGGAUCACAAGAGAUCACAACCCAAAUAUAGCGGAUCACUGCGGAUUCCGGGAGCACUGAAGAUCACGGGGAUCACCGUGGGUCACUCUGGGACUGAACCAGGAUCAGGAUUGAAACGAAACCCAGUGGAUUACCGGGAUCGAACCGGAUCAGACCUGAACCAAAACGGGACCGAGAUCAAGUUAAAUCAAACCAGGAUUGAGCCGAGGUCAGGUCGUCACCAGAAUUAAACCACAAGGGGACUACAGCAGCACUGGGAUUGGACCAGGGGCUAAAUGUGUAUCAGGGUCAUACCAGGAGCAAAUUCACAAACUGGGCCCCUUGGAUUAAAUCAACUUUGUGAGCCAACGUUUUCAAACCAGUAGCAUGGCAGGGUCACACUAGGAUUAACCAAGAAUCAGCAUCAAAAGGGCAGUAUAUUCACAUUGGGGCCAGAAGUGAAUAGAUACUGGUUGCAAAUCAGGAUUAAAGCAGCACCAGGAUCACACAGAGUCAGGAGUACACCAGGAACAAUCCAGAAGCUAGAUCAAACGGGCCCACAGUCAUACCGAGACCCGAUUAAAGUUAGGUAAAACUCCAAAUCAAAUCAGAAAAUGUAUCAAACCAAAAGGUCAGGAUCAAUCUGUGAUUGAACUGAGCCAAAUCGAUACCGAGAUCAAACCAGAAGAGAGACGUUGGAUCUGAGAUGUGAGGGUAUCUGAAAGUGGGAGAGAGAUUGGGAUAGUAACUGGUGCGGAGAGAGGAAAGUGGAUUUGGGAGAUCUAAGUGGGAUUGAAGGGAUAAAUCUGAAUAAUAGGGCUUGACCAAAUCUAAGCCCGAAGACCAGUAUCUGUGUUUAGAACAAAGAACAAAGACUACUGUCAGGGAAGGGAAAGUCAAAAAAUCCCACAUUAUCAGAGCGUGGGAUAUUAGAUUUUGCUUUUAGCAGGUAUUAUCAAUAUGUCAGUGCCAUUUUCCAACACCACUCUACGAAUUCCUCGUGGUUUUGGGAAUUUGUUGGAGGGUUUGUCCAGAGAGGUGUUGAGGCACCAGCCAGACGACAUCAUAGAGUUCGCUGCUGUAUAUUUUGAGGAUUUGCUGGAGAAGAGGGAAGCCACUGGUAUAGACCCUGCAGACUGGGCAGCAAAAUUGGAGGAUCGAUUCUAUAACAAUCACGUUUUCAAGGAGGUACGAAAAUCUAUACCUGCUGAUGAAGAGAAACAACCCCCCAUAACAAUUGAUACAGCAUAUCAAGAAAAAGACUUAACUGUGACACAGGAUAACCCAGAGGACAGUGAGGGUUCCCAAAGGAAGUGUAUAAAGGUGCCGAAGGAUUUGUCAUUCAUCUCUAAAGAGACUAUUUCUAUGAUACUAGAGGACUCGUUUCUAAAGAGCUCAAAACAUGCACCUCCUGGUGUAGAAGAUGUUAGAGAUACCCUUGCAACUCCAGAGUCAGAAAAAGGUCCACAGGAAGACACAUCCAUUCAGGUAGUUGAGGCGUCACCAAUAGAAGGCCAGAGCGAAGUCAUAUUUCCUCUCAUGAUUGAAGCAGCACCAGAAGAAGAUCAGGGUGAAGUCACAUCUCCUCUCAUGAUUGAAGCAGCACCAGAAGAAGGGCAGGGUGAAGUCACAUCUCCUGUCAUGAUUGAAGCAGCACCAGAAGAAGGUCAGGGUGAAGUCACAUCUCUUGUCAUGGUUGAAGCAGCACCAGAAGAAGGUCAGGGUGAAGUUGCAUCUCCUCUCAUGAUUGAAGCAGCACCGGAAGAAGUUUUGAAGAUGGAAGAAAUCUCCCAGAUAAUUGAAGGAGCACCAGAAGCAGCUCUGCCAAUGGAGACACCACGAACAGAAGAAGCAGAAGAGCAAACUCAACCCCCAGAGGAACAUCCGGUGGUGGGCGAAGUAAAUCCAGAGGAAGAGCAUGCUGCUACGCUCAUACAGUCAACAUUUCGAGGUUAUAGUACGAGGAAAAAAUUGAAAGAAGAUCAACCAGAUCCAACUGAAGCUGACAAUGAUUUAUUUGUGGAUGGAAGUGAGUAUAGCUCAGGAGAGGAAUUGACACUUGCUGAAGAGGAAAACACCCGUUUGGAAACUGUUGGGGUAAUCCUUGAAGAGCCUAUGAGUGAGCUGGAAGGCAAUGGAAGCACAGCUAAGGUUGACUCUGCACAGAUUAAUGUCUGUGCUGUGGAGCUGAGCCCCAUGCUGGACAAGGUAAACUCUGAAGCAGAUGUAGAUAUCUGUGGUGCAGAAUUACAACCUAACGCAAACGAAGAUAACAAAUCUGAAUCAGACACGACUACUGAGGCAGCUGGACAGAAUAUCUAUGGGACUGAGUUAGACCAGAAAAAUUUAUUUGAGCCGACACCUAAUGUUGCAGCAAAUGUUGACAUCCAUGACACUGAAUUAGAAGGACUUGUAGCAGAAAAGGAUAGCAAUGACACUGAAGAAGUCACUGAGAUUAAAAUUGAUUCCCCUGGUGAACCUAAUGAUCAGGUUACAGAUAAAGUGGUGUCUCAAGGUGAAGUUGGAGAGAGUAAAACAGCAGAAAACCCUCAAGAUCAGGAGGAUAAAAGUCUGAAGAGCACAAAGGAUAUUGAAGCGGAAUCUGAAUUUACAGCUGAUACAAAAGGUAUUGAAAAUCCACCCACAGCAGAAAAUCAGGAUUGUGAGGGAGGCAGCAGUACCCUAGAGUAAAGACCCAAAAACAGGAAGUUUUGCAGAAACUCAGCAGAUCUGGCAGCACCAGAAACAGUGGAUGAACAGUCAAUGUUUUAAGUCUGAUAUGACUUUUCUUCACUUUUGAUGAAGAGUCAUACUGGACUUGAAAUGUUAACUCUGUUUCUAUCUUCACAGGUCCUGUCAAGCCUGUUGAGUUUCUCCAGACAAUUCUAUCUUUGUAUCAGAUUUUGCAGCAUUCCAGUAUUUUGCUUUUUAUUUAAACAUUCAAAGCCUUAAUACUUAAUUAACUGAGAAAAGGUAGAAUGCUAUAAUUAACUCAGUACCUCUAAAUUAUAAGGAUAAAGGCAGUCAAUUCUUGCUCCUGAUUGUUACUGUCAUGUACAAAGACUAGAGCGGUGGCAUUGCCGCCCUUUGGUGAUGAAGUAAUCUCUUAACAAUUGCUCUUCAAGCUCACGCCUGAGGAAUCCUCCUUUGAACAAUGCUCACAGGCUGCAUUAGACACAGAGAUAGUAGGAACAGCCAAUGCUGAAGAAUCUGAGAUAUCAAGCUGUAGAGC